AUGUCGUCAUGUAAGGAAACUCAUCAGUCAUCUUCCAGGAACUGCAACACCAGGCUGUCGGCACAGCAACCGUACACACAUGGAGGGAGGGUGAGACAUUCCAGCUCCGACUCUUCCUGCUCUGACUCCUCCAGUGAGUCAGAGAGCAGCAGCCAGAGAUCCCGCAGUCCAAGCCCAGUAACACACUCCGAUCCUGGGUCACCUGCCAACACACAGUCCCUCAGCUGCACCAAGGAGACAGACCACCCCUCCUCCACUCAGUGGCAGUUGGACAAGUGGCUGAAGAAGGUGAGGAAAAAAAACUUGACCAGCGACUGGGACUCCCACUGCUCACCUUCACCGGACCCCCACAAGGCCCCCUCUCCAGCCCGGUCCUGGGGUACACAGCAGGACUACAGCCCCAGUCAGAGCCCUAUCCCCAGCCCGCAAUUCAACUACAGCCCCAGGCACAGCCCCAGGCAUAGCCCAAGCUUCAGCUCCUACCCUAGCCCUAGCCCUGGCCCCAGCACCUGCCCCAGUCCUGGGCCCAGCUCCAGUCUCAGACUCAGCCCUGUCCACAGCCCGGCUCCCAGCGUGUGUCCCAGCCCCAGGUCCAGCCGCAGCCCCAGCCCCAUUCCAAGGCACCCUCCAAAGAGCCCCAGCCCAAGCCUUCCUCCCUCCAGCCCCUGUCCCUAUCCUGGCCACAGUCCCCCUCAGGAACAUCUCAGGCCUCCUGUCCAGCCCAGACGAACAACCAGCCCCGUCCAAAGGCCCAAGGUCAGGCCGUGGAUCGCUCCCGUGCUGACCGCUGACCCUGGGAGCCAGCCCAGACACAGCUCUUCUACCCAGCCACCCUCCAGGCCCAAACCCUUACAGAACCAGGACCAGAGCAAAAGCAAACCUAAAGCCAAAGACCGUCAGGCCUCAGGCCUGAUUUCACAGCCCAGCCACAAACACAGACCCAGGCCAAGUCCAAACUCUAGUCCCAGGCAUCAUUCCAGGCCCAGCGCUAAACACAACAUCUCCUCAGCUGCUACCAAACCCAACCACCCGUCCAAACCUGAGCACCCAAGCAGCAAGGAGAGCAGCAGGACCAGCUCCAACUCAAACCCCAAGUCAACGUUUCGGCCUAGCUCCCGAACAAGCCCUCCAACAUCCAGAACCAAACACCCAGUACCUGUAGCAGACCUUAACCGAGAAACCGGAGCCAAGGUCGGGCACAAAUCUAAAUCAAGCUCCAGGUCUCAGUUUCAACAUAACCCCAAAGGCUCCUUUUCUCAUGCUGGUGCAGGGCCCAGCUCCAGCCCCAGCUCGAGGGCCAAGGUAAAGCCCCAGGAGGCCCCAGCUCCACAGCCCAAGCCCCCACAGAGAAGACCCCGACCCAGGGAGCAGGGGGUGGACGGCAGGGAGGGCCCUCAAACCCAGACCCCAGCUCCGGAGAGGCACAGGGAAAGAAAAGAGGAGAGAGCUCGAGAAAUUCCCAGCGAGAGACCGAGGGAGAAGAAAAAGGAGAAAAGGGGAGAGAGACAAGGGGGGAGACAGGGAGAGAGGAGACUGGCGGAGGAGCAGCUGCUACGACGCCCCUGGGUCCAGAGCUCAGAGGAAGAGGAGGAGGAAGAGGAGAAGGAGAAGAAGAGGCAGGAGAGGAGGGAGGAAAGAGAGAGAGAGGAGAAGAGGAGGAGGAGGAGGGAGCAGCAGAGAGGCGAUUGGCAGGCCGUCCAGCCCAGGCAGAGACCACACACCAACAGCCAGCAGCAGCACCCUCACAGAGAGCCAGAUCACCAGGAGAGGACCAAGAAGAGGAGGAGGAGUGAGGAGGACACCUCUCAGCCAGACCCCUCCCCUCCACCGUCCCCCUCCCCUACCCCGCUCAUCCCCCCGUCUUCCUCCUCUUCCUCCGAGUCCGACUCAGAGCGCGGGUUCCCCCUCGACGUCGCCAAGGUCCCGGCCGAUUCCACAUCCUGCCAGAGGCCUGUCCCCAGAGGGAGGCCCGGGGACAGCAGGCCCAAGGUAGUCUACCCCAGGGGCUCCUCCACAGGCAACCCAGGCGAGGGGCAGCAGGGCCAGGGCAGCCAGAAACUUUACACCCUGGUCCCGUUUGGCCGCAGCGAGCAGUGCACAGAGAGCUCCCAGAGAGGCCUGAGGAACCUGGUGGUGCAGAUCGACCUGACUCUGCUGAACAGGGUCCCAGACACCACCACCCCUCAGAAGCAGCCCUCCUCCUCGGCAUCAUCGUCAUCCUCGCAGGCCAGGCCCAAGCAGAAGGAGGCCAUGAGACACCUGUACGUCCCCCACACUGACGGCAGAGACAGCAAGAGGAAACGCAAGCAGUCAGAAAACGGCCUGUCCCACAGAGACAACAAGAGAAGCUCCUCCCACAGCAACGGCCCCCCCAGCACAGACCAACCCCCCCGCUCACAAACACUCAGACCCCCUCCAUCAGAGCCAUCACAACGGGUAGGACAGGGACACACCUGGAACACACCAACAGCUUUUCUGUUCUGCAACACAGGUUCUGUUGUAUACUUGGAGGAGUACCUGGACAGUAAGAGACCCUUGUCCCCCCUGUCCCCUCUGUCGCCUCUCUCUGACCCCCCCAAGCCCUCCAAGACCCCCAUCAAACCCCAGCACCACACGGAGCAGCACCACACACACAAAGGCAGAGACUCUGCCACACAUGUGCCCCCAGCCAAGCCUAAACUGGAGGUGGAGUGCGUGGGGGUGUCGGGGUCCCCCAAGCCUGGUGCUGAGUCCUGGGGUCUCCCAGUGAGACGGACAGCAGGGCAGAGAGGAGCACAGCCCAGCCACGAGCCACCUCACCAUGCUGAAUACUACAUGCACGAAGCCAAGCGGAUGAAGCACAGAGCCGAUGCCAUGGUGGAUAAGCUGGGGAAGGCAGUGAACUAUGUGGAUGCAGCGCUCUCCUUCAUGGAGUGUGGCAAGGCCAUGGAGGAGGGUCCUCUGGAGGCCAAGUCCCCCUACACCAUGUACUCUGAGACUGUGGAGCUUAUCAGGUAUGCCAUGAGACUGAAGAGCCACUCAGGUCCAGGUGCCAGACAGGAAGACAAACAGCUGGCCGUUCUGUGUUUUCGGUGCCUUGCUCUCCUCUACUGGCAGAUGUUUCGUCUGAAGAAAGACCAUGCCCUCAAGUACUCCAAAGCAUUGAUGGACUAUUUCAAGAGUUCUCCAAAAGUGCCUACGACACCACCCCUCUGGAACGACUGUGGCAAGGCUACAGGAGGACCGCCGGCUUCCCUCUCCCCCAACCACUCACACCUAAUCCUGGGAUCCCAUACUGGCAGUGCCCCCGCCACCCUGGUCAGCAUUCCCCAUCGCAUUCACCAGAUGGCAGCAAAUCACCUGAACAUCACCAACAGUGUGCUGUACAGUUAUGAGUACUGGGAGGUGGCAGAUACCCUGGCCAAGGAGAACAAGGAGUUCUUCAACUACUUGAACACGCUGUCGGGCCCACUGACUCUACACAGUAGUGUGGGACAUGCUGUUCAGUACACCAGACAAGCCCUGCAGUGGAUUCGCAUCAGUGCCAAACUGGCCUAGCCUGGCACCAAAAUAGUUACCAUUAGGUGCCUAUAACUUAAACACCAACAGACACACGCAUACGUAGUUCUCGUGAUGUCACAGACUCUGUAACAGAUUCUUCUGGAACCUGUGACCUUUGAACUCCUUGGAUUAUAAAAGGCUGGAGACUGGAUCCGGUCACCUGGCGUUCUUCUCUGGUUUAGGAAGUCUUCUGGUUGGAUCCAUACGACCCAGCACUUACAGUCAAGAAGGAAGCUUCCUAUUGGACGAAUCUGAGCCUAACAUGUCAUACGUCCUCCAAACAGGAACAAAGUAGCUGCUGAUGUCAUACAUGAUGUCACACAUCUGGCUCAUGACAACACUUCACGGGAGCCACACUGGAGAAACUCCAGCUCCAUUUCAAAAGUAGUUCCAGAUUUCAAAAUCCUUCCAGACCAUUCUUUCUUUGUUCCUGGAGUUUUAAUGCUGGAAAUCAUUUGAACAGAGGAGUAAGAUCUCCUCGUUGCUUCCUCUUCUUCGAUGGAUUAACUGUGAGGCUCCAUGAGGACACGAAUGCCUUCCCAUCGCUGCUUUGCCGAAAUGAGGCGUCAUCCAACACGAGAUCGAGGACACAUUUCAGCGCACCAGUGAGGACAAGUGUCUGUUUUUCAAUGUGUUGUAAAGUGUGUUCAGUUGUUCGGCCCGAGACUACAUUUCCCAUGAUCCAUAUGAGGACUGUUGGUUAUAGAAGAGAAAACAAUACUUGGGACAUGAUGGACAGCGAUACAAGUCACAUGGGAUUGGUAGACCUCUCAUGCCAAAGUGUAAAAUAUAAAGUUAGCAUCUUUUGAGUGUAAAAGUCGUUUUUAUAACAACACUGAGGGUGUUGGUCACACUUCUUUUUUACCACAGUAUGUCUUAGGUAUUUUCAAUGUGCAAUACGUGCCUGAUUUUUGUAACUAGGACACCUCAGUAAUGACAUAUCGGCAAGUGGAACAGCCAACGUUUAAGUCCCUCCCUCUCUAUGCAAGAUUAUUUAUGACGUUUUCAUGUUUUUGCCUCAUGAGGUCCUUGAUCCAUAAAAUCCUUUUAUUGAUACCACAGUGUGUGUUUUAGCCUGUUUAUAAGUGUGCAUGCGAGUGUUUAUCCAGUGCCAUAGAUGAAGUGUGUGUGUGGGUGUGUGUCCAAAGUGCACACUGUAUCCUAGUUUCCAUCCUCUCUUGUCUAGUUGAACGGGUCUGUCUGCCGACCUCCGCGCCAAUAAGAAGCCGGCUACCCAAGACCUCAGCAGCAACAUCCUGUCUGGAGCCAUGGCAACACAUCACAGAACAGCCAAUAGGACUGGAGAAGACUCGAUUAUAUACACCCGGUUGUUAUGAGGUUUGAUGCUCAAACCUGAAUUUUUGAAUGCUCAAAAAUGUAAUCUUCAUU